AUGAACGGCUACAACAGCGGCUCGACACUAUCCGAUGCGCCGCCCGGUCAAGGUCAGAUCCAGCAGAUCCCCGGUCGCCCACAGAUCGAUCUAAAAAAGAAGCUUGUCGUCGUCGGUGAUGGCGGGUGCGGCAAAACAUGUCUCCUGAUCGUCUACUCCCAGAACAAGUUCCCCGAAGAAUACGUUCCCACCGUCUUCGAAAACUACGUGCCCAUAAUCCAGUUCGAGGGCAAAACCAUCGAGCUGGCGCUGUGGGACACUGCGGGUCAGGAAGAGUACGAUCGCCUUCGACCGCUCAGCUACCCGGAAAGCGACGUGAUCCUCAUCUGCUUCGCCGUGGACUUUCCGACGAGUCUGGCGAAUGUACAGGACAAGUGGUUUCCAGAGAUCAACCAUUUCUGCGAAGGAGUGCCCAUUUUGUUGGUGGGACUCAAGACGGAUUUGCGGAAGGAUAGGAAUAGUCUGGCCAUGCUGCAGGCGCAAGGGAGCAAACCGGUGACACCGGCGCAGGGACAAGAGGUAGCGAACGAGAUCGGAGCGGCGAAAUACGUUGAGUGCUCGGCAAAGACGAGGGAGGGAGUGAAGGAGGUCUUCGAUAGCGCGAUUAGGGAGGCGUGUCGGAAGAAGGGGUGGGGAAGGAGAGGUGGCGGUGCAGGAGGCGCAAAGAAGAAGUGCGUCUUGCUCUGA